AUGCACCUAAAGAUCUUCUGUUCUAAGAUUUCACUAUUAGGAUUUGUUGAACUUGCAAUGGACAUAAUCGAGCCAAAUAUCCUAGGUGUCGACAUACAUAACAUAAGUGCAGUUGAUAACAUCUUCAUUUUGUUUGCAACACCUUCAAGCUUUUCACGACUUCGGCCACCACCUUCAUCAUGUUUUCAACCAAUGUAA